AUCCGCACCAAAACUAAAAAAUAUGAACUUUCAGGCUUCAUUCUGGAGCUGCCAUCAGAAGUAGCCGACAGUAGACUCAUAUAUAAAGAGGCACGCAUCGUGGGCGGAGUGGAUGCUCCCGAGGGUCGUAUCCCCUACCAGGCGUCUCUGCGCUCCUGGUACAACUCCCACUUCUGCGGCGGAUCAGUACUUAACAACCGAUGGAUCCUGACAGCCGCCCACUGUACCGAUGGCCAAUCCAAAUACGGUAUAAGCGUAGUACUGGGCACCACCAACCGUCUGUCCGGCGGCGUCAAGUACUCCGUGGACCGCAUCAUUAUCCAUAAGAAGUACGACAGCGCCUCCAUCAAGAACGACAUCAGCCUUAUCAAGGUCACCAAGGAGAUCCAGUUCAAUAACCUCGUGCAGCCGAUACAACUGCCUGAAGCCGACACUGGGGAAGGCGUGGAGCUGCUGCUCAGUGGGUGGGGAAGGAUUUCUUACCCCGGCUCCCUCCCAGUUCAUCUGCAGAUGAUCAACCUAACAUCAGUCAGUGUGGAGGAUUGCCAGAACAUCUUCAUCCAAAUCAACCCGGUGUUCAACACUCAAAUCUGUUCCCUCACCAAGUAUGGCGAAGGAGCUUGUCAUGGUGAUUCCGGAGGUCCUCUCGUCUCUGGCAAGAGUGUCGUCGGCAUCGUAUCCUGGGGCAUGCCGUGUGCCAAAGGCUACCCUGACGUAUACACCAGGGUGUACUCCUUCAAAGACUGGAUCCUGAAAACCAUGGAAGAGAACAAAGAAGAGUACCCCGCGCCACAGAAAAUUAUAUUUCCUAUGAAUUAAGGGGAUUUGUAUGUAUGUAAGUGUAUCUACCUUGGAAGUCUAAUGUAAUCCUGAUUAAGGAAUUUCCAGAAAUAUCGGAAACUACCUUGAAAUAAUGCAAGAGAAAACUUUAAACUAAUACCUAUUGCAAAAUAAAUAACUGGGCACCGUUAGUGCAAGUGAGAGAGAAAACUACAUUUUGUAGAGCAACAUCACUUUUCCUCAACUGGAAGGUGGACGGAAGGCCCCCAGUAUUGUUUUGGUAACACCGUUCCUAUAUCGUCUUCAGUUAUUGCAUCUAUAUUUUUUUAACCAAUAUUCAACCAGAAGUAAUCCUGCUUUGAUCAGGGUCGUAUAUAUACCUUCAAGAUGUUAUUAUUGAACCUAUAGAAUCUUAACUUGUAAUGUAUACGCAAAUAUAUCGAAGCAACGAUUGUAUCUAAUUGAAACCAUGUGUAUAUUAAAGUAACCGUAGAACUGAUCAAAA